AUGAAUUAUGCUAAGAAUCCAUUGAAUGAUGAAGAAAAGGAAAAUCAGUUGCUACCUUCUACUGAUGCAACCAAGUUUCCCAAUCUUUACUGUGACCUUCGCCUUUCUAAGUAUUGGACGAAGAAACUGAAUACUAAGAAGAAGCUUGUCCUUCCUAAUGAUGUACGACGAUCAAUUACUAGUCGGAUCCUAGAGUUGGGUAUGGACUUUGUUGAUAGGGAUUUGGGAGAUAUCAACAUCUCUUGGGUGAAGAAAUUCUAUUGCAACUUCUUCCGUCCCACUUUGGAUUCAGUUCAGUUGAGGGGUAGAGAGGUUAUGAUCACUGAGACUGCUAUUGAGGAGGCAUUGCAGUGCAGACAUCUUCCUGAUGGCACCUGCGCCCAUCAACAGGCUGAGUUAGCUAUUCACAGCAUGACCUUUGACUAUGAGGUGCUUAGGCGGGUAAUCGGUUUACCAGAUGCUACUUGGGUCAUGGAUGCGAACAACACUAAGCCUAAAGAGAUGCUCUUUGCUCAGCUGACUAGAGAGGCCAAGACUUGGCAGAUGAUAUUUGCCCACUAUGUCUUACCCACCACUCACUUCUCUGAGAUCCCUAUGGAGAUGCUACUUCUGAUUGGGUGUGUUAUGGAGGGGAAGGAAGUUUAUUUUCCUCAGUUGAUCCGGCAGUGUAUGUGGCGGGCGCAUAUUCGUGGCUUACUUCCAUUCCCUACUUUGGUCACCAGUAUGGCCGCCCUAGCUGAGGUCCCCUGGUUGGAUGAUGAUGUGACACCACCACCCCCAGAUGACGAUGACAAGGAGGUUACUAUUCCUUGGGGUGGUUGGGUGCACGAGAAGCCCCCAGCCAGACGCCGGUUGCGUUGCCCAUUUUCCGAUCCGUUGUGCGUACGCACACCCAGUCCACCCCCUUCUACUGGGAGCACCCGCACGGUUGGUGCGUCCGCAUUCCCCCCCUUAGAUGAGAACCUUGUGACUCCUCAGUACCCUCUCCUCCUUCCCCAACGUUCAUCCCUAUCCUCUCCUUCUCCGUUUCAACACCCACCAUCUUCCUUAUCACCACCGCGAAGUUCUCUACUUCUGUUUCAAAUCUCCAUCAUUGUCCAUCCGCUCUGCAACCGCGGCUUUCUCCUCCUCUCUUUCUUCUUCUUCCCCUCGCCUUCCCACCGCCGCUCACAACCGCCGGCGACCGCCCCAGCCCUUUCCCCUUUUCUUCUUCCUGUUCGUUCUCCCAGUCUCUUUUCCCAUUUCUUCCCUUUCCACAACGCAGCUCCAUCUUCUUCACUGUCGUCAUCGUCCGUCGCAACCCCUGCUUCACCAUCACCUCCAGCUCCCGACCCUCCUCUUCGUGCUACAGUAGCGCCGCCAGAGCCCCUCCUUCCCACGUCCGAACCCUUGACCUAUCGCAACCAUCAGAGCCCCUUUCCUUCGAUCUCAACACCGUCGUGCCACACCCCUGUUCCCUCCCCUUCGUAUGAAGCCCUUCUCCUCUCCUCUGAUUAUCGUCACCCCGUACGUCCCCCGUCCAUCACUGCUGCAACACAUACAUCCCUUUCCCUUCUGCCCUGUUCAUUCUCUGCAUUCCAGUUUUCAGCUUCUGUUCACUUGAGGAGUAUCAUCCUCUCCGAUGGCACCUACAUUUUGCCUGAGCUUGACACUCCCUCCGAGCAUCUAAGGAGGAGGAGGCCUAGCGUGAUGAGCCGGAGGAGGCCUGGGACAGUAGAGGUGACACAGAGAUGACUCUUUCCGCUCCGUAUGAUCUUGAGCACCGAGGACGGUGUUACAUUUUAAGUGUGGGGAGGUUGUGCAACUUCAGCAGUGCAUUUUGGGUGACAAGCUUCAUUUCGAACUCUUUAGUUUAGUUUCUUUUUAUACUUUUUAGUUGUUUUGUAUAUAUUUUAUCUUUAGAAAACCUUUUUACUUAGUUUAUUGCACUUUCUUAGUUCAUUACACUUUCUAAUUUUGCUUGUACAUAACUUAGUAUUAUAUAGUAGUUAUGCAUAUUUUGAUAUUUUGGUCUUAA